AUGGACAGUAAAUUUCUCGAGAUUCCUUCAAGUGUAGAUCCCAACUCAGAACCCGCUGCCCUCGAAUUUCUCGAGAUCCCUUCCAGUGUGGACCCGACUACUAGUACACGUAUAAGGGUUGUCGAAUACGACCAUUACCCUUGUGAUAGUCUCCAUCUCGAGCAAUCCAAACUGAUCCAUACAACAAAUCACGUCGACGUUUAUCGCGCUGUUGCUCGUAACCCCCCCUCCGAUUGCGACGGUGAUGUCGUCUACAAGGUUGCUUACGGCCCUGCUGUCCUAAAACUUCGUCACGAAGCUCAGAUCUAUCGCAAACUGUUCAGUGUACAAGGAACGAGAGUACCGAUCUGUUACGGCUACUUCGAGGAGCACGACAUGGGUUGCCUUGUACUAGAGUACUGUGGGGAGCCUCGUCCAGAAUAUUUCGACGAUCUUCCACCAGAAGCAAAGGAGGAAGUCAUUGAUGCCUUCUGGGCUGUCCACGAGCUAGGCGUCGACCAUGGUUGUCCUUCCCGACGUCAUAUCGUAUAUAAAGAUAAUAAAGGAUAUCUCAUCAAUUUCGAACACGCCUCCGACGCCCAUAAAUGCACUGCUGAGCGCCCUCCACUGAAUUCCAUUGCCCAAUCGCUAUCCGAGUUUCCGUGCGAAGAGUUGUGGCACAUGCUGACCGAUCUUGGGCUAUGGCGUCCAGCCACCAUAUUUUUCGCUGGAGACUAUUACCCGGUUACCAUCAUGCAUAACGCCGAAGACCUCAUCAAACAAGCCCCUGAUUACUGGACUAGAGAGCAGGCAAGGCGCGAAGUCCGGAAGGUUGCAAUGGAGUAUACCAAACGCUGGCUGCCCGGAACUUACGAAAGGAUUUAUGCAAAAUCAGGUGUCACCGUCGCGCCUCCGGAGGACAAUAUGAAAGUUGCGGAAAGGUCCGAACAAUCUCAAGUGGCUGACUCGCAACCCUCGUCCGAUUCCCAGUCUGUGGCCCGAGUGACUCGCUCGAAGAGCAAACUGAAGAACGAAACUGGACAUAUUAAAUCCUCCGAGGUGGAGACUUCCGGAGCCACUUCUGGGAUUGGCAGCGACACACGGCGGCGUGCCAGAUCGAAGCCUGUCCCUGUCGUUUGGAACUACUGA